AUGAAUGAUAUGUACAUCUUUCAGCACGAAAGCACGUCACAUAAAAAUCACCGAAACCGGGUAAAACACACCGAACGCAGAAGAACCGACAGCGUCUCUAAAGAAGACGGUAUGGAAUAUAAUAAGAAUGUGAGGAAGCUUCACAAGACAUUCUUGACACAAAACGAAGAGGUUGUGCAAGCAAACCAAAAUUCUGGUAGCAACAGUGAUACUGAUCUUCCCAUUUUCGAUCCGGAAUGUGAUCCCGAGAAUCCGAAAAAACUUGUAUUUUCGGACAUUUCCAGUGCCGCCUUCAAUAUAAAAAACAAUUUGAUUGUAACGCCGUGUGUCAGAUCUCUACAACUAUCAACCAAAUUCGAAAUGGACUUAUAUUUCAAGAAAGAAUACCUCCAGGUCACAGGAUCUUUCAAAGAGAGAGGAGCUUGUUAUGCUCUCUCCAGACUAAACGAGCAAUUCAAAAAAGCUGGAGUGAUAGCGGCCAGUGCUGGAAAUCACGCUCUGGCGUUGAGCUACCACGGACAACAAAUGAAAAUCCCAGUCACGGUGGUGAUGCCAGUAAUUGCACCGCUUAUGAAAAUCCAAUUCUGUAGAAGUUUGGGAGCCAACGUUAUACUCAAAGGAGAGACUAUCGCAGUUGCCAAAGAGUUCGCUCUGAAACACGCCAAGGAACACCAUUUGAAAUAUAUAAAUGGUUAUGAUGCUAUUGAUAUUCUUGCUGGCCAAGGAACAAUCGGGCUAGAAAUUUUGAACCAAGUUCCAGAUGUUGAUACCAUACUUGUUCCAGUAGGUGGUGGCGGACUGAUUGCUGGAAUUGCAGUGGCUGUGAAAACUUUGAAGCCAGAUGUGCACAUUUAUGGCAUUGAAGCAGAAACCUGCCCAUCGUUUACAGAGGCUUAUGAAGCUGGUCACAUUGUGUCUGCUCAAGCAAAAGCUUCUCUUGCCGACGGUUUAGCCGUUCCAACAGUUGGCGGCAAUUCUUUGGAAACCGCAAAAGGAAUGGUGGAUAAGGUUAUCACAGUAUCCGAAGAAAGUAUUGCUUUGAGUAUCCUUCGCCUGUUGGAAGUGGAGAAAGCAGUUGUCGAAGGAGGAGGAGCAGUCGGGUUGGCUGCAAUUCUGGAAGGAAAAGUGCCUGAACUAAAAGGAAAGAAAGUGGUCUCAAUUCUUUCCGGAGGAAAUAUCGAUACCACCGUUCUUGGAAGAUCGAUCGAAAGAGGAUUGGCUGUGGAUGGUCGGCUGGUUCGAUUGGAAGUCAUCGUUUCGGAUAGACCAGGAGGAAUCGCCGAGUUGACCACCACAAUCGCUCAUUUGGGAGCUUCAAUCAAGGAUAUUCUUCACGAAAGAGCCUGGAUAUCCACAGAUGUCUUCCAUGUGAAAGUGAAGGUUGUUGUAGAGACACGUGGCAAGGAACAUGUGGAAGAGAUUAAGACGGCGCUAAACAAGAUUUAUGGCAAUGUCGAAUUGCACUGA